UCCUCACGACGCGACUCUACUACGUCAAUGCCCCUCCUCACAUGGGCACUGGGCAGCGCCUACACCACCAUUGCUGCUAAUGCCAUCGCUCGCUUUCAGUGUCAUUGAAGCUCUCAAGGUGGAUAGUUUGCAUAAACUUUGCUCAUCAUUAGAGCCCAUACUUCGGCGUGUGGGUAUACAAAAGAAAGGAGCAGCAUUGUGGUUAUUGGGCUUAGCGUGCACACAACUCCUGUGGAGAUGCGUGAGAAACUUGCCAUUCCUGAGGCAUAAUGGCCUUGAGCCAUUGGAGAACUCUGUAGUUUGAAUCAUAUAGAAGAAGCGGUUGUAACAUAAUGGAGAUAUAUGUUGUCGCUUUGUCUCAGCAUCGUGGGGUUAAAGAAGUGACUGAAUGGAUGUCUAAUGUGAUUUACUUUUUCUCCUUGCCAUGACUAUAAUUUGGAUUCUUGCAAUAAUUAAUUGCCCUAUGAUACCUGUUUUAUGGAUGAAAAGCACUAGUUUCCUUU